AGUCGUUUGUUCCCCCGAGCAAUCGAGUUGUGAUCCGGGCGGUCGAUCUAGCUGAGCAUCAUGGUUUCCGCCGACGUGGCCCGGAACAUCGUCGGCAUCAUUGGCAAUGUCAUCUCCUUCGGCCUCUUCCUGUCCCCUGUGCCAACGUUCUGGCGAAUCUACAAGGCCAAGGACGUGGAGGAGUUCAAGCCGGACCCCUACCUGGCGACGCUCAUGAACUGCCUGCUCUGGUUCUUUUACGGGCUCCCCAUCGUCCACCCCAACAGCACCCUCGUCCUCACCAUCAACGGCAUCGGCCUUGUUAUCGAGGGCGCCUACAUCAUCAUCUUCAUCAUCUACGCGGCCAAGAACACAAGGGUACAUACGUGCAACCCUCCUAAUGCCCCCUCAUCCGGCCUACUGUAUCUUUUCGGCGUUAGUUUCUGUACAGAAGAUCCUUUUGCAUGCCCUAACCCAUGCCAUGUGCCUGUGCUGUGCGUGCAGUGGAAGAUGCUCGGCGUGCUCGUCAUCGAGGCGGCGUUCAUGGCUUCCGUGGUGGCCGGUGUGCUCGUCGGCGCCCACACCCAUGAGAAGCGCUCCAUGAUCGUAGGCAUCCUCUGUGUCAUCUUCGGCUCCAUCAUGUACGCCUCCCCGCUCACCAUCAUGGGUAAAGUGAUCAGGACCAAGAGUGUGGAGUACAUGCCGUUCUUCCUGUCGCUGGUGAACUUCCUCAAUGGCCUCUGCUGGACGGGCUAUGCACUCAUUAAGUUUGACAUCUACAUCACGAUCCCCAAUGCCCUCGGUACAAUCUUCGGCCUCAUCCAGCUGAUACUGUACUUUUACUACUACAGAUCGACCCCCAGGAAGGGCAAGAACGUUGAACUGCCCACUGUCCUCACCAAAAACGCCGUUACCAGCGGCAACGUCUCGGUCACCGUCGAGAAAUAAACUUGGUUUCGUUUUUAGCCCUGAUGAUUUUGAGUAGUUAAUACCGGAUGAUACUUCAACAAGUUGAUGUUAAUUAGUCCUACUUUUUGUUAGCUAGUAGAGUCUGAGAUCGCCUUUAAUUUUGUUUAACCAUUGUCGUCUGUCCGAGACUACUAGUGCAAAUUACAAGUGUAUAUAAAUACCAAUGCAGCUGAGUUA